GCAGCAAGGAUGCAGUCUCCCAGGAGAGGAUGCACUCAGUGGUGGCAAGCCAGGCUGGAGGGGCCUGAGUGACCCUCUCCACAGGCGGGCAGGGCAGUGGGAGAGGUGGUGUGUGGAUACAUCUGUCUCACGUCCAGGGAUCAGCAGCAUGAACCAGCUGGGAGGACUCUUUGUGAACGGCCGGCCCCUGCCUCUGGAUACCCGGCAGCAGAUUGUGCGGCUAGCAGUCAGUGGAAUGCGGCCCUGUGACAUCUCACGGAGCCUUAAGGUAAUGGGCCAGCACCUUUACCCAGUGAUGGGGACAGGAAGCAGGGAGAAAGGGCUCCUCUGAAGGCAAGAGCCUGGGGCUGUUGCAGGCUCCGAGGGCUUUUGGGACUUGGGUCACUUCCUGGGAGAUCCUCUUGGAGGUUGAAAAGGUGAGCUUCAGGCCCUCAAAGGUGAGGCUGGACUCCCAACUCCAUGGCCUGGUCCAGUAAGUCUUGGCUUUGUCUUAUAGCCUCCUCCUGUCCCAGGGACACUCUCCUUCCUUCUGCCCAUCAUGCCUCACCUGUCCCUGCUUCUCACCUGAAUCAGGUAUCUAACGGCUGUGUGAGCAAGAUCCUAGGGCGUUACUACCGCACAGGUGUCUUGGAGCCCAAGGGCAUUGGGGGAAGCAAGCCACGGCUGGCUACACCCCCUGUGGUUGCUCGAAUUGCCCAGCUGAAGGGUGAGUGUCCAGCCCUCUUUGCCUGGGAAAUCCAACGCCAGCUUUGUGCUGAAGGGCUUUGCACCCAGGACAAGACUCCCAGUGUCUCCUCCAUCAACCGAGUCCUGCGGGCAUUACAGGAGGACCAGGGACUACUGUGGACACAGCUCAGGUCACCAGCUGUUUUGGCUCCAGCUCUCCUCACUCCCCAUAGUGGUUCUGAGACUCCCCGGGGUCCCCACCCAGGGACCGGCCACCGGAAUCGGACUAUCUUCUCCCCAAGCCAAGCAGAGGCACUGGAGAAAGAGUUCCAUCGUGGGCAGUAUCCUGAUUCAGUGGCCCGUGGAAAGCUGGCUGCUGCCACCUCUCUGCCUGAGGACACGGUGAGGGUCUGGUUUUCCAACAGAAGAGCCAAAUGGCGUCGGCAAGAGAAGCUCAAGUGGGAAAUGCAGCUGCCAGGUGCUUCCCAGGGGCUGACUGUACCAAGGGUUGCCCCAGGAAUCAUCUCUGCACAGCAGUCCCCUGGCAGUGUGCCCACAGCAGCCCUGCCUGCCCUGGAACCACUGGGUCCCUCCUGCUAUCAGCUGUGCUGGGCAACAGCACCAGAAAGGUGUCUGAGUGACACCCCACCUAAAGCCUGUCUCAAGCCCUGCUGGGGCCACUUGCCCCCACAGCCAAAUUCCCUGGACUCAGGACUGCUUUGCCUUCCUUGCCCUUCCUCCCACUGUCCCCUGGCCAGUCUUAGUGGCUCUCAGGCCCUGCUCUGGCCUGGCUGCCCACUACUGUAUGGCUUGGAAUCAGGCAGGAGUGGGAAGGAGAUGGCAUAGGGAGGAUCUAAUACCAUCCUGCCCAUUGUCCUUACUGUCCUGCCCAUACAGACUGUGGCUCCUUCCUCCUUCCUGUGAUUGCUCCCUCCUGUGUGGAC